AUGUUACAUCAGCUCACUGAUGGAUGGCAUAAACUCAAUUCAAUUUAUGAGCAUGUGACACACAUAUCUGAAUUUCUACUUGGAUUUUCCAACAUCCCUCAUAUUAGGUAUUUCUAUGUCUUCCUGUGUUUUGUCUACAUCAUGACUGUUUUGGGGAAUGGCUUUCUUCUCUUAGUUAUUUGGCUGGUGAAGACUCUUCAUACUCCUAAAUACAUGAUUGUGUUUAACAUGGCUUUGACAGAUUUGUUUGGAAUCACUAACAUAGCUGCAUGGGCCUCCUACAUUGAUCCUAAUGCCAGAAUGAUAAAUUACACAUUGACACACACCAUACCACCUUUGCUCAAUCCUAUUGUAUAUGCUUUAAAGACAGAAGAAGUGAAAAAUGCAAUAAAAAAGCUUUGCAAAAGAAAUAAUGUCAGCAAUACAGUCACAAAAUGGUGA